AUGGAUAUUGAAUUAACAAAUGAUUCUGAAAAAUUAAUUCAAAUUCUUGGCGAUCGUAUUGAAGAAAUCGAACGUACACUUCAUGAUGAUGAAGAUUUUUGUAAUAAAGAUAUUGAUGCAACAUAUCAAGCUGGUUUAAAUUAUUUAAAAAAUUUUCAAGAAAAAUUUCAAGAAAAAUUAAAUGAACUUAAAAUAAAACUUGAACAAAUACGUGAAGAAAAUAAACAAAUAUCAAAACAAAAUCAAAAACAAUUUGAUGAUGAAAUUGAAGAAAUUAAUCAAUUAUUUUCAUUAGGAAAACAUCAAGAAGCUGUAGAAAAAUUUCAAGAUUAUGAAAAACGUUUUGAACAACGAAAUACUCUUAUUAAUAAUGUACCAAAAUUAUUUAUGAAAAAUAUUGAUAUUCAACAAUAUUUUUCAUUUGAUAAACCAUUAAGUAUUCCUCAAACUUCAACAAAUGAUAAUAAACGAAAUUCAUUCGAUCAUAUUAAACCAUUAAUUAAAAUACAAUGUCAUUCACAAAAACUUAUUGAAUCAGAUUAUAUGAAAUCUGAAGAUGAUGAAAAUAGUGAAAGAGAACUUAAAAGUCAAUCGAAAUGUUUGGAUACUCAACGAAGUUUACCAAAUAAUUAUUUUAUAAACAAAGAACCUAAAUCUCCUUUAUUAAAUGCUAUACCACGUCCUAUACGUUUCAGUACACGAUUACAACCAUCACCAUCACCUACAAGCAAGAGUCUAUCAAUGAAUGAACAAGAUUUAAUUAAUUCUUCAUCAGUACAAAGUAGUAUUUUAACUUCUCGUGGAAAUAUUCCUAAUCAUACACAAGUACGACAAGUACCAUCUUCACCAAAUAUCAAUUCAUCAUUAUAUCAACGUCAAAUAUCAACUACAAAUAUUGCCAAAGAAGAAUUAACUCUUACUUUAGUUGUAAAUUAUGAACAUGAGCGAAAUACAUCUGUAAUCAUGACAUCUAAUGAAGAUUAUAUUAUUCUUUUCCGAAGUCGUUCUAAUCAAUUACUACCCUGUUGUUUAAGUGCUAUUGAUCGUUCAAAUUUACAAGAACAACGUUUAAAUUGGCGUGAUCAUACAAUUACUUCAUUUGGUUUUAUUAAUAAAACUCAUCUCUAUAUAUUUACACAACGUAAUUUUAUAAUAUAUUCAAUAGAAUCAUAUACACAAAUUAAUUCAUGGUUAUUAUCAAAUAAUAAUGAUAAUAAUUCUGAAUUAAAUGAUCAUGAAUAUUCUAUUGGUAAUGUAUAUGAUAAAUAUAUAUAUUAUAUUGAUUUAAAUAAUAAAAAUCAAUGGAUAUUAUCAAUAUUUGAAUUUGAAACAAUGAAUCAUUUAUAUGAUUAUAAUUUAACAGAAAAUUUUCCUCAAGUUAAACGUUUUAUACAUAUUUGUAUUAAUAAUAAAUAUAUAAGUUAUCUUGUUGAAAUGGAUGGUUUACAAUAUGCUGUUGUAUUUUGUUCAUAUAAGAAUCAUUCUAUAACAGCAUUAAAAGAACAAAUAUCAUUAUAUUAUGCUGAAAAACCAUUAACAAUAUGUUCAAUAUAUAUAUAUAAUUUACAAAAAUAUAUUUUUUUUAUUAAUGAUCCAUCAGCUAAAAUAAUUCAUAUAAUAACAAAUGAAAAAUAUUUAAAAUCAUAUAAAAAAACAGCUCAUGCUUUUAAUUAUAUAGAUGAAAAUCAAGAAUUACUAUUAGCAUCAAAUGAUGGUAUAUAUUCAAUUAAUAUUAAUGAACAAACGAAAUUUUUUUCAAAAUUUCAUUAG